AUGACUCAAAAUCCAAUAAGUCUUCAAGUUUCAUUACCUGAAAUGCUUGAUUUGGCACUUGGCACUCCUGAGGUAGGAUCUAUAAACUUGAAUAUCCUUCACAAUUUUCUGCAUGUACUCCUUCAUCAAGUAAAUUUGAUCAAUUUAAAAAUUGAGUAUCGCGGAGAUGACGCAAACAGGAUAAAAACAAUUGUUUCGUCACUAAAAUCAGGACCGAGUAUUUAUCUACACGAGUAUAGUAUCACUGACAGUGCAGGCAAUGUUAUCAAACGAACCCAUGCUGCUGAAGCACCAGCUGUCGCUGCUGAAAUUUAUACGGUUGAUUCAAAAACAUCCGCGGACCUCGAAGGACCAAAUGCUAAUCUCGCUUCUUCUGCUUCUGAUGUUAAAGAGACGAAAGGAAUCAAACAAAGAAUAGGGGUUGGGGUUGAAGAUAAUCGUCAGUCGGUUAUUUUUGUGGAGCCUAUAAAAGACGGUGCUGUACCUAGUGCGUUGGGAUUUAAAAAAAUAAAUGAAACUGUUGAAAAACUUGAGAAACAGUUCCGAGCAUUAGAAGAAUUAGCAACUAAUCCUGAAAUAAUCGAACGCAUUAAAACUAGUCGACCGGAUCCGUUAAAUGAUAUGUGGAGUAUGAUUAACAUUAACAAAAGGCUUGAUGCAAGUGAACAAGGAAUUAGUAAAUUGAUGACAAUGUUACAAGAUAUAAUCAAAAGUGAGGAACAGAGUUCAUAUGUUUCUCUGAACGAGAAACAAGAUAGUGUUUCAAACAGUAUAAUUGAUAACUAUACUAACUCUAACGAUCGACUCACAAAGUUAGAAACGGAUCUAAUGAAUAUUGUCGACGAAAUGAUCAAAAUGAAAGAAAUUCUGGAUGUAAGGGAUAAACCUGAGUUACCUCAAGAGCAAAUAACAUUUUCAGAAGAAAUUCCGCUGAAUGUUAAACAAGAAUUUUAUAGCGAUAGUGACGAUAUGUCGGGAUUGAUGAGAGAGUCUGAAACGUACAGUGUCGAUAAUAACAAACUCCCUUCAUUGACAAGUCAAGCCGAUCAAGUAGAAACCCGGAAUGCAAAAGCAGAGAGAAAAUUUUCACCACAACUAAGUGUGGCAUCUGGAUUAGCGACUGCUGGCUCGGCAUCGGGAGAAGAUAAGGCCUUGAUGAAGUCAACUUUGAGUGAUAUCAGUUCCAAAAUUUCAUCUUCUCAUAGCAAACGCAGCAGCUCUGUUCUUAAUGAGCUUAAACUUGAAAUGGCAGCCUUGAAGUCCGAAGUAGAACAAACGAAACAGGACAUUGAAGAACUUCGUUACGAAGUGACACAGUUGCGUGAUCCUUCAACGGAGCCUCUGCCAGAAAAAUCAAUUGAAACUGAAAGUGAUGUCAGGACGAGUAUCAAUGAAAUAAAAUCUAGCAUUUCGAAAUCUUCUAACAGCAAAAGAAGUUCAUCUGGCAACAAAGAUCAAGUUGAUACGAAAUAUUCUUCAUCAUUCAUUGCCGUUGAAGAAUCUUCGUCGAGAGCUAGCAACACGUCUAUUCCCGGCUCAAAAGAAAUCGGUAUUACCGACAGCCGUUUUACCAAUGAUGAUAACAAACGCAAGAGCAAAUCAAUGGGCACGAUCAAAAGUUCGAGGGACUCUCGCUCACAAAAUUGUGAUGAAGAUAUAAAAAAUCUUGCAUCUCGUAUUUUAGCUCUAGAACAGAAAAUUCAGACAAUUGAUGAUGAUAGAAAAAUUUUAAUCGAGCAAAUAGAUCUGUUGAAAAUUUUGAAAGCCGAUAAAGAAGAUCUUGAAGACGCAUUGACAGAUAAAGCGGAUAUUGAGAUUGUGAACAGAAAAAUUUCCAAUGAUCGUUUUGAUUCGGCCAUUCACGAUUUGACUCACAGCUUAGAAGCAAUGGAAUCAAAAUUGACGGAACAAGAAAAUACUUUGAGCGACGCUUUGAAUACUAUUCAACAAAUUGUGGAUAAGAAGCUUGAUAAAGUUGAAAUAUCGCCAAUUAUAGAUCAUAUUAAUGAUGAAUUCCAAGUUAUACAAGAAAAGUUCGAAGAUCUAGAAGAAGAGCGCCAGAAAAACGAAGCAGCUGGAACAAAAAAAAUUCUUAAUGAUGUUUUAUGUAUAUCUUGCAAUAAAAACGUUAUGAUGAGGAUGGAUCAAGGGCCAAUUUACAAAAAUAAUUUCAUUUCGCAUGAAAGUAAUAAUAAUAAACCUUUGAUGAGAUACAACUCCAAUCGAAUGAAAAAACAAUUAAAACAAUACCCGGGUAAAAAUAUUAACCAGUUUGCGGCUUUGAUGAAGGAUACAAUUAUGAGAGCAGGACCUUAUCCAUCGGAGAGGAGCCCAAAAAUUUUGAAUCCAGGAAUGUCGUUAUCACCCAGACCGAUUGUAUGUAAGCCAGAAAAAAAUGUCUGUUGUUCUGCGUUUAAUGAUCAGUUGGCAGCGAGUAAAGAUUUAUUGGGACGACAAAAUUCAAAUAAAAAUCAAUCGAAACAAGAACAAGAAGAAUUAUUAAAUUCAAAAAAUAUAUUACUGACUGUUAUCAAUAAUGAAGGUAAUGUACAACAUUUAUUAAAUAUUUUAUUAUUAUUACUAAUAAAGCAAAAAAAAAGACCUCAGUUAAAAAAAAAUAAAAAUAAAAUCAAAACCAAAAAAUUUGAAAAAAAAAAACCAUUCAAAAUAUAA